AUGUCGAGCCCGGUCUCGUCCGGGGGCUUCGUCCCGACGCCCGUGUCGUCGUCCAAGCGCUCGUCGUUCGUCGUCCGCGCCUCGCCCGACGGCGAGGCGGCGAAGAAGGCGGGCGAGGAGAACGAGGAGUCCGGGUCGAACAUCCGGCAGCUCCUCGGCAUCCGCGGCGGAGAGCAGACGACGGACAUCUGGAAGAUCCGGCUGCAGCUCACCAAGCCGGUGACGUGGGUGCCGCUGAUCUGGGGCGUCCUCUGCGGCGCCGCCGCGUCCGGGCACUUCACGUGGACGUUCGAGAACGUUGGCAAGUCCAUGCUCUGCAUGUUCAUGUCCGGCCCGCUCCUCACGGGAUACACGCAGACGAUCAACGACUGGUACGACCGCGAGAUCGACGCCAUCAACGAGCCGAACCGCCCGAUCCCGUCCGGCGCCAUCAGCGAGUUCGACGUCCAAGUGCAGAUGUACGCGUUGCUCCUCGGCGGCUGGGCCGCGGCGUGGACGCUGGACCAGUGGUGCGAGCACGACUGGCCCGUCGUCACCGUCCUCGUCCUCUUCGGCUCCUGGGUCUCGUACAUCUACAGCGCGCCGCCGCUGAAGCUGAAGCAGGAGGGGUGGAGAGGGAACUACGCGUUGGGCGCGAGUUACAUCGCGCUCCCGUGGUGGGCCGGGCAGGCGGUGUUCGGCGAGCUCUCGUUGGACGUCAUGGUGCUCACGGUGCUGUACUCCAUCGCCGGGCUCGGCAUCGCGAUCGUGAACGACUUCAAGUCGAUCGAGGGCGAUCGCCAGUGCGGGCUGAUGUCGUUGCCGGUCGCGUUCGGGGUGGAGAAGGCGAAGUGGAUCUGCGUCGGAAGCAUCGACGCGACGCAGCUCGCCGUCGCGGGGUACCUGAGGACCAUCGGAGAGGUCGGGUACAGCAACGCGCUGCUCGCGCUCAUCUUUCCGCAGAUUUUCUUCCAGUUUAAGUUUUUCCUGCCGGAUCCGGUGAAGAACGACGUGAAGUACCAGGCGAGCGCGCAGCCGUUCCUGGUGUUCGGGCUUCUCACGACGGGGCUGGCGUGGGGGCACCACAUCAACGCCAUCGGCGCGUAAGGCGCCGAUCGAGAGGGAGGGAGUCGAGAUCUACUUUCGUCCAACUGUAGUGUAUAUGAACGCGUGAA